AUGGGAGAAUUGAAGCUUCAUGGUUUCACCAUGAACAUUAUUAUUGAUCACGAUGAAAAAUGUUCACCGUCAUCAUCGUUGUCGUCGUCGUCGAUUUCAUCUAUUGGGCAAGAAUCGACGGUCUCAAAUGGGUCGUCGAUAUCCUCGUCUGAUGUGGCCGACGAUGCAUCAUCGUCUUUCUGUUCGAAUUCGAGCCGAGCUUUAUAUGACCUCUCAGAAAUAAUGGAAGAAUUGCCUAUCAAAAGAGGGCUAUCAAAAUUUUACAAGGGGAAAUCAGAGUCUUUCACAUCACUUUCAAGGGUGACAAGCAUUGAGGAUUUGGCUAAGAAAGCAACUCCAUAUAGAAGGAAUUUGAAGGCUUCUAAGAGCAUUGGGACUGAACCUCUCCUGCCUAAGCGCCUCCAACCGUCGUUUAUCUCAUUCUGCCUGUACGGACAAUCGUCGCCCCACAACCCGCCACAUUCGCGCUUUUUCGGCACUUCUCGCUCGCUCUCUACCUCAUAUCCCUCUCCGCCUCCUUUCCCUCCCAACAACCUCAUAUAUGCCCCUUCCCAUCCUCCGCCCACCACCAACCACCUCCUCUUCCUCGGAUCCUCCUGCAUCUACCCCAAAUUCGCCCCGCAGCCCAUACCCGAGUCCGCCCUCCUCACCGGCCCGCUCGAGCCCACCAACGAGUGGUACGCCGUCGCCAAGAUCUCCGGGAUCAAGAUGUGCCAGGCCUACCGCCUCCAGCACUCGUUCGACGCCAUCUCCGCCAUGCCCACCAACCUCUACGGCCCCAACGACAAUUUCCACCCGGAGAACUCACACGUCCUGCCAGCCCUGCUGCGCAGAUUUCACGAGGCCAAAGCCAAUGGCGCCGAGAGGGUGGUGGUUUGGGGGAGUGGGACCCCACUGCGCGAGUUCUUGCACGUCGAUGACCUGGCGGACGCCAUCGUUUUCUUAUUGGAGAAUUACAGUGGUUUGGAGCAUGUGAAUGUGGGGAGUGGAAAGGAGGUUACCAUUAAGGAGCUUGCUGAGCUUGUUAAGGAAGUGGUUGGGUAUAAUGGGGAGAUUGUUUGGGACUCGAGCAAGCCUGAUGGUACGCCUAGGAAGCUCAUGGAUAGCUCGAAGCUCGCAGGCUUGGGAUGGGAGCCCAAGAUUUCUCUCAAAGAUGGGCUUGAAGGCACUUAUAAGUGGUACUUGGAGAAUGUUGUUGGGCAGCAAUGA